GUUCAACAAAAUGUCGUGAUUGUCGGGGAUCAAGGGCACCCCGAGGACUAUGCAAAACACUGUGUCGAUAUGCUCAAGGCAAGUCUCGAGGACGAGUCCAUGUUGUACAUUGUGAUCCGGCCACAAUCUUCGGAACAUGUCGCAAAAGUUAUCCAAGUGGCCGAGGCCACGAAACGAUUCUACUACAAGUCCGUGAGACAUGAUGAGGAUUUACAUCAAUACGUCAGCAUGGAGGAUGUACAGCCUGUCAAUGCGGGUCCCAAGGUCAUCAACUUGGACGACGGUGGAAAGAAGAAGGGCAAGCCGUAUAUCCCUCCUCAGACGGUCACUGUCCACCUCAGUAAAAUUGCCAUGCCAGAGUUACAGCCAAAGGCCAAACAACCAUCACCCAAGGCAGCGAAUGCGGUGCCUUCCUCGUCUUCUUCCCCUAAUAACAAACCCGCAAAGUCCUCUGGCCGAACUGGACGCGAUCCCGAACCGUCAAGGCCAGCUGCAGGGUCAUCUCAUCCUAGCUCGUCUUCUGGGAACAAGCUCUCAAAGCCGCAGCAGCCGCAACAACAGCCAGGGAGGGAUCCCUCCCCUAACCCGUACCGUUAUCCUAUGGCUCUGUACCCACCCACUGGCCCUCCUCCUUCAUUCCCUAAUAACAAUAACAAUAAUAACCAAAAGCCACACAAGAGUCACAAAAAGGAGGACUCCAAGGAUGAGAGGAAGCGGCGACAGGAGCAGCAACAGCAGCAACAGCAGCAACAACAGCAGCAACAGCCACAACGGCCAUAUUCCCAGAUUCCUGCAGCCAAUGCGUAUCCAAACAACCAGAUGCCGGGUUCGUGGCCCAACACUCCUUCGGCAGGUGGCGGUGGAGCCAUGAACUCGAACUAUCGCCCACCCUCUGCGCCGCAGCCGAACAAUAUGUAUCAGGGUUAUAACAAUACACCCACAUAUGGCAGUGGUAAUAGCACUCCCGGAGGAUAUAGUAGUGGUCCUCCGGCUGGUCCGCCACCUUCUGGUUAUUCCGGCCAGCAGCAACCACCGUCAUCACAGCAGCAGCAAGCAAAUCAAUCAGGUGGGCUGGGUACUGCCCUGACGAACGGAAUUGCGACUGUUGGAUAUUCGCUCCUUGACAGGCUGACGCACAAACAAAAUCCUACCCCGACUCCCGGGAGUUCAGCUCGACAAACAGCUAAUCAGAUCAAGGCGUUAACUCGAAAUCGAAGGUUAGCUCAACGUGUCGCAUUACCAUCCAAUCGCAGAUGGUAUGCCGACAAUGCUCGUGAGCUUGAUGAGGCAGGCGACGAAAGUCUAGCUGCUACCAAGCCACAAGGAGAGCAUGUUCGGUGGUUAUUCACGGAAGGAAUGCAGUAUAAAAGGCCACGGGAAGGUGGAACCAAUUGGCUAGGAGGCAAAGUUCCUUUCCCAAGCAAUCCCACCUUCAAACCACCUACCCCCAUCAGCGAUAAAACCAAGACGCAAAUUUUCAACUUGCAUAUGCGAGAUAAAUUCAGCGAACAAAGACUUAGCAAAGAAUUUGGACUUGGUAUUGGCCGUAUAAAAGCCAUUUUACGGUUGAAAAAGCUGGAGCAAUUGUGGAUGAAGAAUCGCCCCUGCCAGCAUCGUUUUCAAGCCGAGAUGGAGCGUUACCUAGGCGUACCCUCGCCCAACGCUGAGAGAGAUCGUAAAAUUGUCAGAGCUAGAGAUGUGGCGAAUCGCAUAGACCUGGAUCUCGAUACUUUCUCCAUAGGAGAGUCCGACCGUCUUCAGAGAGUACCUCCCCUCACUCAACAUUUGGAUCUGGCCCAUGCCGAGGCAGAAGAAAUAAAAAAGAAGUUCGCAGAGGAGCGUGCGGCAGCAAAAGCCAAGUCUGUAACAGUGGUUUCUGUCUCGACCACCGACGAGAAUGGCAAGGUGCUCGAAUCAGCCACAAAAUACAAAUGGUUUUAUCCUGCAAGGGCCGGGCGAUCACCUUAUACAUUUGUUGAUGUAGCAGAUCGUUAUCUCAAAAGUGGGCACUACGAUAGGAAAGCGAAGAAGGAUCAAGAAAUCAAGCAGAAGGAUCAACAAGCUCAUGACAAGCAACUCGACCUAGCGAGAAAAGCCAAUGUCAUCAGGCGAAGUCUAUUGGUCAAGGAACGAGAUGAGCUGAGCAAACAACAACGUCUUCAGCUCAAGAGACAAAAGGAGGCUGAGCAAGCUUGGGCGGAAGCCAGGAGCAAACUGGGAGAUAUUGAGAUCAAAUUAUAA